AUGCAACUCACUGCUCAAGCUGUCCUCGCUUCCAUCGUCAUCUCCGGCGCUCUCGCCGCUCCUCUGCCCCAAAGAAAAUGGCCUGGCCAAACCGGUUUCGACAAGGACGGCAAACCCAAAGCAGUGGGAGGAACCCAAUUCUUGGCUGACAACGGUGCCAAGAUCGGUGGUGGUCUCGCCAUCGCUGGUGCCCUCGGCGGUAUCGCCGGUGGUGCUAUCACUGCUGGCAACAACCGACGCGACAUCGAAGUCGAGCUGUCUGAACGUAACUCCCUCGGGCGGACCAACACAGCAUCAGGCCGAAUCGAAGGCAACACGGCUGGUGGUCCUCACCCCACUCCCCUUGACAUUAAGACUCCUAAGCCCGACAAGAACGGCGCUAUCAACGCUGGAAUCGGUGCUAUCGGUGCUGGAAUCGGUGCUGUUGGUGCUGGCCUCGGUAUCGCAAACGCCAUCAACGGUCGCGAUGUUGAAGCUGAGCUGGAGCGUCGUCUCACACCCGCCAACCUCGCUCUCACCGCGCUCAUGGGAUCGGGUGCCGAGGUUAACCAUGCAGACGGCAACCAGCAGACUUGGCAGAGCGGUGGCAAGAGCUCUGGUGCCUCCAGCCGUCGUGACAUCGACGAGUAUCUCGCUCGUCGAUUGAUCAAUGUUGGCAGCAACCACCAAGACCAAAACGUUCAAGGCGGUGGUUCCGGCCCCGCGUCUAGCGGCAGCAAGUCGGGCAGCAGCGGCGAUGCCAACCACCAGGACAUAAACCAGCAAGGCGGUCAAUCCGGACCCAAGGAGAGCGGCAGCAAGUCGGGCAGCAGCGGCGAUGCGUUCUGGCAAUCAAAUGCUAUCGGCAACCAGGCGAACGCUGCUCCUCAGAGACGUCUCUUUGGCGUCACAUCUACCCACAUUGAUACCAACGACCAGGAGUGGUACAGCGGCGCCAAGACCUCUGGAGCUUCUAGCCGCCGCAGCGUCGAUGCUGACUUGCUCGGCAAGCGUCUUUUCGGUGGUUUCGGCGUCACCUCCAACCACAUCGACACCAACCAGCAGGAGUGGGUCUCUGGCGGCAAAUCCUCCGGCGCUAGUAGCCGCCGUGACCUUGGCAAGCGUCUUUUCGGCGUCACCUCCAACCACGUCGACACCAACCUACAGCAGUGGACCUCUGGCCCCAAGUCCUCACGGCAAGCUUUGGCGCGUGUUCACACUGCGGCUGGCCGACGAGUCGCGGAUCUACCUGAUGUGUCUUCGUCUAACGACUCGGGCCCCGAAGAAAGCCCGAUCAAGCUUGCUAGGAUGUCAGACGGUUGGGUUGUACAUGUUCACGGCGAGCAGCGGUGUGCGUGGAUCAGGGUCAUUGGUCCACACGGGAAGAACAGCAUGUCUGCGCGUCUGCUGACAGCUGCCUGCCUGCUCUGCCAACAGACGAGCUCCCAUGCGCGCUCAGCGCAAGCAUGCUCGGGGUCUUUUGGUUCUCCACCACGGCUAGACGCUGUAAGAGCUGCGUGGCUAGUGAAAGUGCAUCACUCAAACUCCUCGAAGAGAGAGCACAUGGACUCACGACUGUUGUUGCCGACACUCGUAUCGGAGUACCCACAUCUGAACGCCCAGGCACGCCUGCGUACAGUAGCGUUCAUGCGAACGUCGCCUCGCUUCGCUCUAGGCGGCAUCGUCAGUCGAGUCAAGAGUGAUGGUUCUUGGUAUCCUGCCCUACUGGCAGAGAUUCAGUCAGCAAGACGAGCAAGGCUCGCGGCAGCUAGUUCUGUGCUCUGUACGCCCACAGCGGCGUGGGCUGAAAAGGUCCAAACCUCCGUGGCGACUCGUGCAGGUCGUCAGACAGAGCGGGUGGCUGAGGACUAUACGAGUUGCAAUACUGAGCUAAGGCGGCGUUCGAGACGGCUGCAGGCUGGAACCCAAGAUAUCAUGCGACAAGACGAACCUGAAAAGCGCGGGCCCGUUGCUGCAGCCAAGCGUGAAAGGCCGGCGAAAGGAAACGAAAUUGCGAACUCAGGAAGGAGCCAGCAUCAUGCAUGCAUGCACACGCGCGGCCGCCUGGGAGAUGGGAGCGUAGCCGCGGUGCCGAUCUGCUUGCUUGCGAUCGUCGGAAGCUUAUAUACAAGCGAGCAACGUCGGCGUCGAAAGCGCGCACCAAAAACGCCAUUCUGCAUGCGCGCGAUUGCUUGGGUGAAGCGAAUGGAUCAAUCGAAUUCCUGGGCGGACGCGCCUGUUGAAGUUCACUCUUGGGAUCUUCACGGUUGUGCGGACUUUGGAUGGCAACGCCAACAAAUCAUGCAGCGUGCACGCAUGAAUGCACCAGCACCUUCGCUCGCUUGA